AUGCGCUCCUACGUCCUCGCCUCUCUCGCGACAGCCACCGCGGCGACUCAAAUCCCCUUCUUCGUCCCGGGUAUGGGCUCUGGCGAUGCGGGCCCAGGCAUUGCCCCCGUCGCCUCGAUCGUCAAGGCCGACGCCUCCACGACCGUCAUGGCGCUCGCGUGUCCUACCGGCACCGAAGACACAGAGUGUGGCUGGGGCUCCAACGACCUUACUAUCACGGUCAUCGCGAAGACCGUCUACGCGCUCAGCGUCCCCGCCGCGCAGGUCAGUUUCGACUGCACGUCGAAGAAGGAUAUGACAUGCACGGCCGCUAUUGCUGCGGAGUUUACCGAUGCGGGGAUGGACAUGUUUACCGCCGGGAAUGAUGGCACGGCGACGGGCACGACGGUGUAUCCGAGUAGUGAGGUGGUUUUCCAGACGGCGAGUGUAACUGCGGGAGAGGAGAAGUUGAGCGGCGGGGCGGCGGCUGCGUCGACUACUGCGGCGGCGAAGGAGACCGGUGCGAGCGCGAGCUCUACAUUGAAGACGACGGGGAGUGUGGCGUCAACGGGUGCAUCACCCAGCGCGACAGGUGCCAAUGUAACGGGUACGACUGCGACUCCUGCGCAGUCUACGGGCGCGGCGUCGAAAUUCGGUGCGGCGUUCCUCGCGGUCGCUGGUGCCGCGGCUGUGUAUGUGUUGUAG